GGCGCACAAGGUCGUGUCGCUUCCGCUUCCGGCUACGGGAAGAUGGCGGCGGCCGUGGCCUCUUCGGCGUUGUCGGGCACCUUGGGGCGGCUGGUGUGUGCUUACAGCCGCAGCAUCUUGACACCAUCGGGGCCCGGCGCAGCCUCCCUCUGGUCUGCUGCUCGGAGCUUCAGUUCGCAGAGAGCUUCAUUUUCGCCAGGAUACGUUCCUAAAACAUCCCUGAGUUCUCCACCUUGGCCAGAAGUUGUUUUGCCAGACCCAGCUGAGGAGACCAGAUACCACACAGAGGUUGUGAAGAAGGUGAACGAGCUGAUCGCCACGGGCCAGUAUGGCCGGCUGUUUGCUGUUGUGCACUUCGCCAGCCACCAGUGGAAAGUGACCCCUGAAGACCUGAUCCUAAUUGAAAAUGACUUAGAUAUCAAGUGCGGAGAGCGGAUCAGGCUGGAGAAGGUCCUGCUGGUUGGAGCAGACAACUUCACGCUGCUUGGCAAGCCACUCCUUGGAAAGGAUCUUGUUCGAGUUGAAGCCACAGUCAUUGAAAAGACAGAAUCAUGGCCAAAAAUCAACAUGAAAUUUAAGAAGAGGAAAAACUACAGGAAGAAGAAAAUUAUCGUGAACCCCCAGACCAUCCUCCGGAUUAACACCAUUGAGAUUGCUCCGUGUUUGCAGUGAUCCCCGGGCCAGCGCCUAAGUCUAAAACGAGCUGGGCACGACGGCACACACCUGUGACCCCAGCACUCUGGGAGACCGAGGCAGGAGGAUGGGAAGUCUGAGCCCAGCCCGGGCAAGUUGCUGACUUCGCAAGACCCUGUCUCCGAAUAAAAAGGGCUGGCUGUGUGAAGGGACAGAACCUUCACACUUCACUCAGUGUGAAGACCCAGGGUUCCUUCAUUCCUCAGUAGCGCGAGGGAGGUGGGGGAAUAAACUCCUAUUUUCCAAGA